CUCACUCCCAUUUUCUUGCAACAAAAAUGUCAUCACAUAAACCCUCCCAUGAAAAACCCUUCACCCUCUUUGAGCCCAUCCUCACUGACACAGGCUUCACCCUCCUCCAGCGCAACACGGCGGCAGCGGCCCAGCCAGGCGACCGCCGGGGACGCAAGAAACAGGCGGAGCCGGGGCGGUUUUUAGGCGUGCGGCGGCGUCCGUGGGGCCGGUACGCGGCGGAGAUUCGGGACCCAACCACCAAGGAGAGGCACUGGCUGGGCACCUUUGACACUGCUCAAGAGGCUGCAUUGGCCUAUGAUAGAGCAGCCCUCUCCAUCAAAGGCACUCAAGCAAGAACCAACUUCAUCUACUCUGAUCAAACCACUUUCCACUCCCUCUUAACCCCUUUUCACCUCCAAUCCUUCUUGCAGCCAUCACCACAAACUACCAAACACCACGCCACCACCACCAACACUGCAAGCCUCGACAUUCCUCGGGGCCCGGUUCACAACACGUGUCAUUCCCAUGAAUCUUCAUCACCCAAUGAUGAUCAAGAAAGUUUAUUCAACUUGUCCAAAUCUGACACAAGCUCUGGCUACUUGGACUGCAUUGUCCCAAACAACUACUUGAACCCUUCUCCUAACACCAACUCAAGCAAGAAUCAAGAAGCCUCUCUCUCAUCACAGAAUUAUCAAGAAAACCUCUUUGAUUCGGCGUCUGCAGAUGUAUCUACAUACAGCCAAGGAUUCGACUACGGAUUGUGGGAUAGCCAGCAUCAGUGGGAGCCGAGUUCUUGUGAGCUCUCAGCAAUGAUUAACAAUCCCAUUAAUAUGGAAGAGAAUAGGGGAGAUUUUGAUCAAAUGAUGAGUAAUGCAGCAACUAAUAAUAGCAAUGACUCUGCAGCAAGUUGCUCAUCUUUUUAUCCUUGUUUUGGGGAUUCAGCUGACUUGGGACAGUCUCUAUUUUGA